GGGGAAGAAUCUCAGCAAGAUGAGGGGGAGCUUCGCGCAUGAGCAAUUGCCCUCGCUUGUUCUACCAUUCUGGUAAGGGAGGGGAGGCGGGUGGAAGAGAGUGACAGCAGUCGCAGAAGGAAACAGCGGGUCGGCCGCUGGAGGAGCGCGCGGAGGAUUGUGGGAUCGCGGCGGUGAGAGCAAAAAAAAAAAAAAAAAAAAAGUGAAGGGAGAGCGCGAGCGACACCCCCGCGAGCGAAGGAGGGGGCUCGAGCCCGCAAGCCAUGUUCUGGAAGUUUGACCUCCACACGACCUCUCAUAUCGACACCCUCUUGGAGCGUGGCAACGUGACUCUCUUUGAGCUUCUGGAUGAAGAGGAUGUCCUGCAGGAGUGCAAGGUGGUCAAUCGAAAGCUGGUGGACUUCCUGGUGCAGCCUGAGCACAUGGAGGCACUGGUCACCUGCGUGACUGAGGAGCCCCCUGGAGAUGUGGACGAGAGAGUGCGCUACAAGUACCCAAGUGUGUCGUGUGAGAUUCUGACGUCUGACGUCACUCAAAUAAACGACGCUUUGGGUGAGGACGAGUCACUCUUGCGUCGCCUCUACAGCUUCCUCCAGACUGGCGGCGUUCUCAAUCCGCUGUUGGCCAGUUUCUUUAGCAAGGUCAUGGGGAUCCUGAUCAACCGCAAGACUGAUCAGAUAGUUGCCUUCUUGCGCAAGAAGGACGACUUCGUCAACCUGCUGCUGCGCCACAUUGGUACCUCGGCCAUCAUGGACCUCCUGUUGCGGCUUCUCACCUGUGUAGAGCAGCCACAGCUCAGGCAAGACGUGUUCAAUUGGCUUAAUGAAGAGAAGAUUGUUCAGAGGCUUAUUGGGAUGAUCCACCCUUCUAAGGAUGACAAUCAACAUUCCAACGCUUCGCAGUCCUUGUGCGACAUCAUCCGGCUGAGCCGUGAGCAGAUGAUCCAAAUUCAGGAUAGUCCCGAGCCAGACCAGCUAUUGGCCACACUUGAGAAGCAGGAGACGAUUGAGCAGCUGCUAAGCAAUAUGCUGGAUGGAGAACGGAGUGAAUCCGUUAUCGUCAAUGGCAUCCAGGUCUUGCUGACCCUGCUGGAGCCACGCAGACCCAGGACAGAGCUGGGGGGCAUGGGGGGCUUUUACUGCAACCUGGAGGGGCAGAUGGAGAUGACCGGACCUAACUGUGAAGUGGCUUCCAGCCAGGCCAGUCUGGGCACUCUGCUUGCCAUCAAACAGCGCCUCAGGGAGCUUCACCAGCUGCUCCUCGACCCACCAAAGAAAGAGCCUCUUCAGACAACUUGGGGGAUCCUAGACCCUCCACUGGGAAACACACGCCUACACGUGGUGAAGCUGCUGGCCAGCUCGCUGGGCACUGACAAUGCUGCGCUGCGGGAUGAGAUUAUAGAACUUGGGGCUGUCAACACAAUGUUGGAUCUCUACUUCAAAUACACAUACAACAACUUCUUGCACGCUCACGUGGAGGCCUGCCUUAGCAAUGUUUUCAGCUCCCAUGCUGGGGAUGAGACCAUUGAAAACCACUCAAAGCCCCUGCCAGAGAACCCAGUCAUCCAACAUUUGCUGCAGAAGUGUCGCUUAAUCCAAAGAAUUUUGUCUGCCUGGGAAGAAAAUGAGCAGUCACAGUCAGAUGGGGGCAGACGCAAGGGCUACAUGGGGCACCUUACCCGCAUUGCCAAUGCCUUAGCACAAGGCUCUGAGAAGUGGCCCCACUCCACCCUCAUCAAGCAGCUUGUGAAAGAGCUACCAGAGGAUGAACAAGAGCAGUGGGAGAAGUUUGUCUCGGGGCCCUUGUCAGAGACUAACAAGAAGAACACUGUGGAUCUCGUUAACAUGCACAACCUCCACUCGUCAAGCGAUGAUGAUGAGAAUGACCUCAAGGAGUUCAGCUUCCCCCAGGAGGCUGUGCUGCAGCAGGCCUUUGUGGAUUACCAGCUGCAGCAGAUGACCUCGGCAUUCAUUGACCACUUCGGCUUUAAUGAUGAAGAGUUUGGCGAGCAAGAAGAGAACGUUAAUGCCCCCUUUGACAAGACGGCCAACAUCACCUUCUCUUUGAAUGCAGAUGAUGACAGUCCCAACUCCAACCUCUUUGACAUUUGCUACAAGGAACGGAUCCAUCAGUUUGAUGACGACGAAGAGGCUGAUGGUUCUGAUGGGGAAGACAUCUGGCAAGAAAAGGAAGCAGCUGUCUCUUCUGGCAGUGCACAGCCCAUGGCUGCCAGGAGUGUUGGAAGCACAGAUAGUGAGGACAGUGAAGACUCUGAAGAAGAGGGUGAAGAGGAAGAUCCUGGUGGGGGAGACAGAGACACCACUCAUGUCAGCAAUGGCUGCGGUGAACAAACGGAGGAGGAGCGAGCAUCAGGAGAUUCUAGCUGGGCAGACAGUACCUCUACUGUGCCUCCCCAACCUGUGGCUGCUGACACAGGGGCAGCAGUGUGGGACAGGCCGAGUUCCGAUCCCUCCUGCUGUACCACAGAUGAGAACUGGGCCUCCUUUACAGAACCCCGCACGCAGCAGCAGCGGCAGCAGCAAGAAAGUCCCUCCAAAGCACCCACGGGUCCUGCUUCCCCUGCCAGUCUCCCUCAGGAAGUGACGCAAAGCAAUGUAUCCCCCACCGAUGCAGCCUCUACUGUGCAACAGGAUCCCCCCACUCCAGACACAGGUCCCCCAGAAGGGUGUGACCUACCACAUCCCUCCACCGUGACAACAGUAGCCAGCACAGUAGAACCUCCCCCAUCUACCUCUGAUUCUGCCCAGCCGCUCCAGGGGACAACAGAGGCUCCACAACCUGAGCACAGCUCCCCCCAGACAGAUCAGCAGCAUCAAGCAGCAGCCAGAUAAAGCUUCUUGGUGGGUCUUGUCACUGGGGAAGCCCACGGCUGCUCGCUCGAUCAAGUCCAUUUCACCAUGGACUGUCCCCAGUCCUUCCGGUGCCUUCACCCCUGUGGGCAGGUAGGGGGGCAGAAGAGAAAGCAGCAAGAAGGCAAAGAAAAGAGCCCGGCCUCUCUCCCUCCCCUACCCUUGCAAUCACUGAAGAAAUCAGGACCUGGUACCAGCGAGCGCCUGCAAGAGAAGCGGAUGAGCGUGCACAGGACGGCAAGGGCAUCUUCCCUCUUUGCAGCAGCGCCUUGGUUGGUGAAGCCCAGCAACAUAGCGUUCCCAGUGAGGGGGGGGAGAGCAGUCUCUCUCCUCUGUUGGCACAGUGCCUCCCCCCCUUCCCAAAUACGCAUACACAUUUGCUGCACUGAGCAAAACUUGUCUGUUUGAUGCAAUUAAAAUUGACACUUGAAUUGUAACCAGAGGUCUGCUGAAUGGGGCAGGUAGAAAAGUCAAGCAAAAUCUCUCCUGACAGUAUUGAGAGCUCCUCUUCCAUCUCACAACCCAACCUACAAGCACAAAUCUGCCGCACCCUUCCUGCCUGUCUCUCUCGGCCCCCGCCUCCGAUCUCCCCAAAUUUUGUUCAUAGGGUUUGGUGGGGGACUAAUAGAAGACACCACACAGUGCUAGGAGGGCUGGGAAUUUGCUGCCAAAGUUCUCCACGGACUUCAUUGAGCACUGCUGCCUUUGAGCAAUCCGGGUUUAGUGGAGCAGCGAGGGGGAUUGUGGUAGGUGAGAAAAAAAAUCACUGCAUUUUUUUAAAAGAUUGCUUCUUAAUGUGUGUGUGCGUGUACAUGCAAAGAGUCCCCGGGAACUUAAGGCCAUAUGAAGCUGACAUCUAAGAUGGAGCAGUGGGUGGCUGGAAGAGUAGGGCACAGCAAGGUCCUCUUGGUUUCCCAGCUGCAAAUGCUGGUGUUUUCCUACCCCACACACCAGGAACUAUCCCUUCACUGGGCUGGGGUCUUCAACCUGUCAGUGAGAUUUUAGUGUGUGUGUGUGAAAUCUGAAUCAAUACCUCCCCAAAUUAUCUUAGUUUCUCUGCCCCUACCAGUAUGUUCACCAGCUCACUGGGGUUUAGCUGGACCCCUCGCCCCAGUUUCAUUCUAAAAGUUAUGCUCCUUCCACCCACCCUUAUUUUCAGCACUGAGUUUUGUUUUUUUUGUAAACUAUUGAAGGGCUUGAUCAAGAACUCCACUGUUUCCCACAAUUCCAAGUAACAGCCGCAUGGUGGGAGGGAGAAGCAAGGUAGCGUCUCACUGCAUUCUUCCUCCUGUGGCAACAGUUCUCUGAAAUGCAUCCAUCCGGGAAGACUAUUUCCCCCUGGUGCUGCAAGUGGAUAGGUGCCCACCACUCUCGGAAAUGAUCCUGAUCCCAAACUGGAACAUCCGUAACUUAAGAAAGGCCAGAGAUUCCGGAGAAGGGGGGGGUGUGGUCUGGGCAGCACUUCUGUAAGAACUUCUAUGUGGGAUCAUGACAGGAGAUCCCCCUCCUCCAAGUUCAGCUUUUGCAGAUAAGGGACACCAGCUGCACUUUAAGAAAUGGAGAAUAGCUGUUUCCCGCAUUCCAGCUUGCUCACUUGCUGCCCUUGAACACACUAAGCAUUUUGUCUCUAAAUUCGUCCUAAAGAUAGGAUUGUCAAAAGGAGCACUUCCUGCUUGGGUUUUACCAGCAUGGGCACCAUACCACAAGAGAAGAACUUCCUAUACGUGGCUGCAGAUUGUCCUAAAGUGGUAACUGUAAAGUCCGACAUAUUCUCCAUCCUCUCUUGUCCUGGAGUUUGCUUGGGCUGCAUGGCCAUUGUUGAAAACCGGACUCCUGUCUUUCCUUGAGUUUUGACUCCUGAGUCCUGCAUAACACACAGGACCCUACUAAUGUAGGGAAAGCUCUGGGGUGCUGACUGGAGCCCUCUCCUCAGUACCAACCCCAAAGAGGCCCAAAUACCUUCCUCAGCCCACCAGAUCCUCCUUUGGGGGGCGGUCUACCAAAGACUCCAGGACCACUGCUUCUCUUUAUUUGACCUCCCAGCUGCUGGUGUUUGUGGAGUUCCUCUUGCUUCUUUAUAGUGUUAAAACAAAAAUCACUGCCUCAUCCUUGCCUCUGACCACAGAAUCGGGACAGGAGCUCUGCAGAAGUUCAGCCAAGAGCGCCUUGGGGCUUUGAGGGUGGGAUCAGUACCCAUGGGGAUUUUGUGUGGGUGCAUCUGUGUGUCUGUAUGUGUGUGGGGAGCUGAGUGAAGGUCUAAUGCCAGAGUUCCUGGAGGUCAGUCUUACAAUAUUGAGGGCAGACAGGUUGUGGUGUGGCGAAGCUCAAGAUGCCAGCCUCCAGGUGGGAGCUGGGGAUCCCCUGGAAUUGCAGCUCAUCUCCUGACUAAAGAGAUUAAUUUCCUUGGAGAAGAUGGUUGCUUUGGAGGGUGGACUCUGGCAUUGUUACCCUACUGAGGUCCUUGUCCUCCCCAGGCUAUAACCCCCAAAGCUGCAGGCGUUCCCCAACCUGGAUCUGGCAACCCCACCCACUCAUUCCCCACUGGACCCUAGGCGGAGCAUUGGGUCCUUGCAUAAGCACUAAGCCCCUCCCCCAGUUCCGCCCCACCUUUUUACUUCCAGGUGGUCAGUAACCUUGCUCCUGUCUCCCCCCCCCCCCCACCAUAUAAGUGGCAAUAUUUCUUGAAGCUCUUAAACCACAAAGGACAGAAGUGGCCUUUCGCAUUGUCUGCGUCAUGCCAUAUUGGUGAUUAUUUUUCCUUUCUUCCCCCCCGUUGUGUGUAUGUGUGUGUUCUGUUUGAAUAAAGAGAUUCUAUGGCUGUA